CGAGGUUUCCCUCCAGGCCGCCGCAACACUCUUGAGACUUUCACUGGAUACACUUGGAACACCUCGAGCUCAAACAUGGUGAAAAUCUUUUCCGUGGACUGGCUUGCCAAGAGCUACCAUGACUCCAAACAGGACCCUGAAACAGUGGAAACUUCUCAGGCUCCGUUAAGGCGACACGUGCCUUGUCUGGUCCAGCCACGACCUCCGACAUCUUACGACAAGGUUUACAUUCAGCCUAAGUUGAAAGGUAGCCGGAUUGAGGAGUACACAAGCACAGAGGAACAGAAGGACAAGGAAGGCAUCGUGUUUACGCACUCAGCUCAACGGAACUGCACCUCUCCAAGCUCUUCAGAGAACAGUGGUUACUCUUCUGGGUAUGAGAGCGAGGCCGCUACGUCCGAGUGCCCCACCAUUGAAGACGGAAGUGAGGGAGAGAGAGAUGGAGGCGCCCAACGCCGAAUCAGGACCAAAUUCACUCCUGAGCAAAUUGAAAAGUUGGAGAAAAUUUUCAGCAAACACAAAUACCUGGAUGCGAGGGAGAGGGUUAAAACCGCAAAGAAACUCAACCUAUCCGAAACUCAGGUACGCACUUGGUUUCAAAAUCGCAGAAUGAAACUGAAACGUGAGGUUCAGGAGUUGAGGGCUGAAUAUUCGCUCCCAGCUUUGCCUCACGUCCUCUUCCCACCGGUUCCUUCACUUCCUUUCCACUUCUCCGGACAGAGCGUGACCUUCCCCGCAACUUCGCACGUGCAGAACCCACGCGUGAUCCCAGCUAUCCCUGUUCACCACCGCGCUAUCCCGCACCAGCAGAUCAUUCAUCACCAAAGCCACCACAUGAUCCCUAUACAACAUUACUACUAGGCUUCACAAAAUACCAUAGAGAAUAUGUGGACACUUAACUUUUUUUUUUUUUAAUUGACGUGCAAUAUACAUGAUGUACAGUUUUGUAUAAAGAAUUGUCUAGACAUUUGUAAAGAAUUUAUGAGGAAAAAACUUUUAUUUAUUGAGAAGAUAUUAAAUAUAUU